AUGUCAAAGAUUCUUCUUGAGCGCCAAACAUGUGUCUUAACGGAACGAGUUGGUACCACAGAGGUAUAUGUAGUAGUUAAACAAACCAAUUUUCUCUUAUGUUUAACGUCAACGGAUCCCAUUGAAAAUGCUGACGUGUCCUGUGAUUUAUUAUAUGACAUGCCUGAUUUAAAAGCUGUUCCCUAUGUAGCUCAGAAGCCGAUCACAUUUCGAUCUCAACAAGUCUCACCUGAAGCCAUCAAUGUAGAAUGUAAAUUGAAUGUCUUAUCUUCUCAACAUGAAGAUAUGCUCUUUAGAAUUCGCGUAGUUGUUUCCGAUAAAGGGAAACCUGUCGGCGAAGUGAUUUCAAAUCCGAUCCGCUCGACUUCCAAAAUUGAUACCAAUAAAAAGACUCGGCAGUUCUCAAAGUACAACGGACAACUCACGACAGUCCAGGCAAUGACCACGCCGGCUCAGUUGAAGAAACCAAAGAAGAAUGACAUCUUAGCUCCCGCCGUUACUCAACGAAGAGUCUUUGAAUUGGCUUUACUGUCUUCUAACACUAUUUUACUCGAAAGACUUCGACAAGCUAAUCGAAGAGAAGAACAAAAAGUGACGACAGUCGACGCUGGAGUUCAACAAGUCUGCGAAAAGAUGGCUUCUAUGGAAUACACUCAACUCCAAAUGAACUUGAUGAACACUUUGGGUGGGUUGGACCAAGAACAAAGUAACGCUCUCUUCGAAAUUUGCUCAGUUAUUCAAUCAAUGUAUCCUCAACAAUACACUUUCCAACCCGUCGUGGAACAAAAGUUCACGCCUUUCGGUGAGUUCAAUGGAAACUACUCAGGUCAACCUAACGUAUUCGGCGGAUUCUAA